AAUUUUUUUAUAUUUUUUCGCGCUCUUUCUUUCUGUUUUUCAUUAUUUUAUUUCAGAAAGCACACAGAUGCCAGACGUCAAAUUGAAUAACCGAAGCGACAGACGCGUCGCACAACGACUUGACGCCAAAAGACAAAGCAAGCGGGAAAAGGAACUGAUGAAAUCAUCUCCCAACGCAAGUAAGUAUAACGCAAAAAAGAGUCGCAAGAAAGCAGCAAAAAAAUCCCAAAUCACCGCUACGACCCCCAUUGCUUCUGUGAAGCCCCAUCCAAUCACUCUUUCUGGGGAUACGUUCAGUAUGGCUAUGGAGUCACUCGUUCACCACCACUCAGCAAAAAAAUCAAGCGACCCGGAAAACGACAGCAGCUCUGCAACUGAGGAGGAUUCAUCAGUAAAUACAGCCACAAAAGAGGAGCCUGUCGUCGAGUCAUUGAUUAUUACAGCCCCUAAAGAAGAGCUUGCCAUGGAAACCAUUUCAAGCAUAACAACUGAAGAAGAAGAUGCAGUCAUAGGAGAAGAACCUUUUGUCAAGACAUCAGAAGAUGAAAAGCUUGUCAACAAAUCAUUGAUUUUCUCGUCCCCCAAAGAAGACCUUGUCGCCGAGUCAUUAGUCACUACAGCUCCCAAAAAAGAGCCUGUUAUGAAAAGCAUUUCAAGCCUGGGAAUUGAAAAAGAAAUUACCGCAGUUGACGAUAAUAUCAAUCAUCAGCAAGAUGAUAGUUCUCAAGACGAAAAUAUCACUGCGAAACAAGAAAAAACCCAAUUGAAUGAAUCAGUUAGUUCUAUCAUUCAAAAAGCGGCCCAUGCCAGCGAGAAAGACACCAUCCAAAAUAAUGAAGUGGACAAGGAGUUACCAUCUACACAGCAGUUCGUGUUUCCUCCGACAACUGUUACAAACAACCCUGUCCCAUUAAGCGGUCCUACGCCGGUGCCUUCCACAAAAAAGAAAAAUAUCAUUUCACGCCUUUAUAAAAAAUCAGUUAAAGCGUGCGAUGAAUUCAUUACUGAAAAAAUUCAAUCAAUUGGCAAAGUCAAUCGUAUUGGCAUCGUUUUAAACGAAAGUACUAAGCCCAAUGGAUCCUGGAAGAAACUUUUAAAAAAAUAAUUGCCUUCCUUAAAUCAUACCACCCAAUAUAUAUGUAUAACACCUAUCCUAUUCCCCUAGCUUUAAUAAAUAAAUAAAAUAGUUUUUCAAUACCAAAAG